UGUCGUGCUUUUUUUAACCUUUUUUUAAAUAAACGGAACGUAAAUAAACAGAAAAAGGGUAAUUGUAUAAAGCUUGACAAAAUAAAAUGCCGUACGCUAAUCAACCAUCGGUCCAUAUUUCGGACUUAACCGAAGAAAAUGUGAAAUUUCAAGUGGAAGAUACCGAAUUAAGCGUUGCGAACAGCAUGAGGCGUGUCUUUAUCGCCGAAACUCCGACUAUGGCUAUUGAUUGGAUACAACUGGAAGCCAAUUCUACUGUUUUGAGUGACGAGUUCUUGGCACAUAGGAUUGGAAUGAUACCAUUGAUCAGUGAUGAUGUAGUCGAUAGAAUACAAUAUACAAGAGACUGCCAGUGCAUGGAUUUCUGUCCAGAAUGUAGCGUGGAAUUCACUCUUGAUGUUAAGUGUACUGAAGAACAAACUAGGCAUGUUACUACUGCAGAUUUCAAGUCAAGUGAUCCUAGAGUGCUACCUGUCACAUCCAGGCACAGAGAAGACGAUGCAAGCGAAUAUGGAGAAACAGAUGAAAUUUUGAUAGUAAAAUUAAGAAAAGGACAGGAAUUAAAACUUAGAGCAUAUGCAAAGAAAGGUUUCGGAAAGGAGCAUGCAAAGUGGAAUCCGACUGCUGGUGUAAGUUUUGAGUAUGAUCCUGAUAAUACUAUGAGACAUACUUUGUUUCCUAGAGCAGACGAGUGGCCUAAAUCAGAGUAUACUGAAUUAGAGGAGGAUCAAUAUGAAGCCUCAUUUAAUUGGGAAGCCAAACCGAACAAGUAUUACUUCAAUGUGGAGAGCAGCGGGGCCUUGAAACCCGAAAACAUCGUCAUGAUGGGGAUUGCAGCGUUAAAAAAUAAAUUGUCGAAUCUGCAGACACAAUUAAGUCACGAAGUGCAAAGCGACGCGUUGAGCAUCCAUCAUUAGAAAUAGAUUUUA